AUGUAUAAUACUCAAGUCUUACCUCCGUUAAGUACUACUGUUGGUAACGGCGACUGUAAACCUAAUGGUGAUUCACCUGAUAUAAAACAAGAACAGCGUGAUGGUACUUUUGAAUCCAAUGUCCCACCAACUCCUUCCCCUUCUUUGUCUCCUACUCUUACUCCAACCGACCUUCCAAGUAAUCACUCAAGAAUGUCUAUAAAUCAAUUGUGUAACGAUACUGACGAUGAGGUAAAAGAGGCCGCUGCUGUUCUAGAAAAUAUGAAACAAGGUCUUCCACCAAUUGAAAUACCUCCUCAUUCUACACAAAUAGAAAACGAUGGUUCAGGUCAAAUGCCGACCUCACCUUCUGCUGAAACGGACAAUACUUUAAUGUCACGAAUAGGAGGCGGUAUAGGUCUUUUACGAAGAGGCAUGAAUUUCUAUGAACAGGGCAACUACCCUUUCAUGAAAAUGGUCGGCAAUCAAGUUUCUAAAAUAUCAAAACCUGAUGUAAUAACGAAGGAUGAUACUUCUGGUCAAAAUGAUUGUGAAUCUCGUAAGAGAGGUGUUCAUGGUGAAUUAAGAAGUUCAUCUCCUUCAUAUAGAUCCCCAUCUCGAUCUCAUCGUUCUUCUCAAUCAAAUGGCUCUCAAAAUAGUUCUUAUUCUCUUUACUCCACUUAUCCUAAUAACAAUUAUACUACAUCUUCAAAUUCUACUACUACUGUACAACGUAGUGGUUGGCAAAAGUAUGCUACGCAGCAUAUAGGUAAUCAAAUUGCUGCUUUAAGGAGCAUUAUUGACAGUUUUACCUCCCCUAGUUCAAGUGGUGCUCUUAUAUCUCAAUCAUCUUCAAAGCUUGCUUCAAUUAAAAAAGAAGUUGUUGAUACUCUUCGUAAAGUCAUCGAAGUUGUUUCUAAAUAUGCCAGCAAGUGUCUUCCUGAACAUGCAAGACACAACGUUAGAAGUUUUAUCUUAAGCUUACCUUCAAGAUGGGCUUCUAUUAAUCAUUCUGAUCACUCUUCAUCUGUUUCUCCCGCUAAUUCUCCUCGUUUGGCUCCUUCAAACGUUCAUCAUAUCAAUCAAACUACUGAUUACGCUCGUCGUCUAUUAAGUUUAGCAAAUGAAUCUCUUGAUAUGCUUCGUAGUGUUGCUGGUAUAUUUGGUGAAACUGUAGGCCGUGCUGAAGCUUGGGUUGAACGUUUAAGUUCUUUUGGUGUAACUGGUGGAGGUGCAAAUGCUAUGGGUCCAAUUCAUUUUGAUAAUAUACCUACUCCAAAUGGUAACGGCUACGUUUACAGUCCACCUACUCGUUCGCGUAGAUCUUCCAAUAAUUCUACCCAUAAGACUCGAAAGUAUCGUCCUACUCAUCCUCUUAAUAUGCGUAUGGAAAUGGAUGGUCGUCGUGUAAAAUCUCAAAAUUCUUCAAAAACUACUUCUCAUUCUAACGGUUCAUUAAAUGGUGUUAAGAAAAGAAAGAAAGCUGAAAAAAAAGAAAAUGAUAGAAUGGAUUUGGAUCUUCUUAAUUAG